UUUUCUUUUUUGCAGCCCUUUGAUACCAUGUUAAACCAAUUGUUGAAUUAGAAUUUAAUUGGAAAUCAGUCGAGAAAUAUGGCCUCCACGGGACUCCUGGUCGUGUCCAAUAUCAAGCACCUGGGCAAGUCCCUUCGUGCCAUUGAGAAAUACGUGAAUUCCCUGUACAUCCACCUGAAUGUGACGGCGGGGUCAACGUCCACUCCGCCGCCUCCGGUUUGGGGUCGCCUUAUUUCUCAGCUGUACGCAAACAGCAGCAGUUACGUGGGCAACCAGUUGGACCUGCGAGUGCUGGUGUCGCCCCUCCGACCCGGAGCCUGUGGAGCCCCCAAGCUUCGUCAGCCCGUGGACCUUCUGUUUUCAGAUGCCCACCACCCGGAGCUAUGCGAGCGCCUGCGGGCAGACCUUAACAUUAGCAAGCCCACCAUCUUUCUAGAGGACACGGCCAGCUCGGAUCUGAGCACUCACGAGGACACCGCGCAGACUCCUAAAGUGUAUCCCUCGGUUGUCCUGGGUGGAACCUUUGACCGCAUUCACCUGGGGCACAAGAUAUUCCUUACGCAGGCGGUCUUGCGCGCCUGCAAGCGACUGGUGGUGGGCGUGACGACCGCUGCCAUGACGAAGGGCAAGACGCUGCCGGACUUGAUUUUGCCCGUGGAGGAGCGUAUUGCUCGGCUGCGGGAGUUCCUCACGGACAUCGACGGCACGCUGCAGUACGAGAUUGUGCCCAUCGAUGAUCCCUUUGGACCCACUCAGGUGGAUCCCGACCUGGAUAUGAUUGUGGUUAGUGCGGAAACCCUGCGAGGCGGUCAAAAGGUUAACGAAAUACGGCAGGCGAAAAAUCUAGGGCAACUGGAGAUCUUCGUGAUUGACAUUGUCGAGAGCAAUGUGCACGACGGCAUCCACGAGACGAAGGUCAGCUCGAGUAACACCCGCAUCGACCUGCUUGGCAGCCGCUGGCGUAGACCCGAGCAGCGGCCUCACCUUCCAACGCAUCCCCACAUCAUCGGACUAACAGGCGGCAUUGCCUCGGGCAAAAGCAAGAUGGCCGAGAGACUGGGCUCCAUGGGCGCCAAGGUAAUCGACUGCGACAAGGUGGCCCACGAUGUCUACGAGCCGGGACAGGUGUGCUAUGAGCGGAUAGUGAAACAUUUCGGAGUUUCCAUCCUGUCGCCUGACGGCCGCAUUGAUCGUACCAAGCUGGGGCCCCUGGUCUUUGCCGAUCCCAAGGAACUGCAGGCUUUAAACGGCAUCGUCUGGCCGGAACUCAUUGCGGAGGUCAACCGAAGACUAGAUGUCCUGCGUUCCCAAACUGAGGUGCCGCGCGUGGUGGUCCUGGAGGCGGCGAUACUACUGCGCGCCGGCUGGGAGACCAACUGUCACGAGGUGUGGUCUAUGAUUGUGCCGCCCGAGGAGGCCGUACGUCGGAUCAUCGAGCGCAACAACCUCAGCGAGGAGGAGGCCAGGAAGCGGCUGGCCAGCCAGGUGCCCAACCCGGAGAUCGUGGCCAAGAGUCAUGUGAUAUUCAGCUCGCAGUGGGAUCAUGACUUUACCCAGAAGCAGGCGGAGAAAGCCUGGAAAAUGCUCACCAUGGAACUGGAGGCGUCGCAGAGCAGUCGCCUCUAGAGCGGAUCGAUAUUCCAAUUGUUGAACCUUUUUUGUAUAAUUCUUUAUGUAUUUUUGUUGUACAUUGCUUAGUUUUAAGUCGAAAGUUGAAGAGAAGAUUGCUGGGACAA